UUUAAUUUCAAAACCAGCACGUGUUCACAAAUUCAGGAUUCCAAAUUAAAUUCCAGUUCAACACGUGUUGAUACAAAGAUUAUUUUACUUAACUGCAAAAUGGAUAACGUUCAAAAAAACAAUUCAUCGCCGCUGACGUUGCUGGAAAAGAAAGAAAAGUUACACAAUUUACGCAGCCAAGUCAUCAUGAUGCGUCUCAGCGACGAAACUAGUGACAACAACGAUCUGCAGCACAUCGUGACAACGCUAGUUGGCUGUUUCUCGUCGGAUCCGGAAGUGAUCGUUCCCAGCUGUGAAAUCCUGAGCGAACUGAUGGAUUCCGAUUGCUUCACCGCACUGUCUAUAAGCGUGUUUCGGCGGCUUUUCCGCUAUAUGCCAUUUUUCUUCCAAAACCGAGACAAUAUUCGCAAUGAAAAAAUUGAAACUGUUAAGCUGGUAACGCAAUGCUUGGAACGGUUCCAUCAAAAAUGCCAUCUAAUCGGACAGAUGAUUUCCGAUUUUCCAUUUACAAUGUUGUUCCAUUUGGUGCUGCUUAUUUCUGAGCAGCUAUCAGAAUUCAACGAUCAAGUACAUGUAGUAGAACUCAUCCUUCAAACACUCAACGUAGCGUCGUCUAUGCCCAAACCACAUGGCACAACGGAUAUCAAAAUUAUGCGGAAGUUGAUCACGACAAGCUGCACCGCAAUUAAUAAUCAUUAUUGCACAAACCCCGUAUCCAAAUGCAUUUGGCUAUCCAAAGUUGCACUUCGUUUAAUGCAAGUCUUCAUCAUUCCCGAUCCCUACGAACGAUAUUACUGGAUAGAACACCGCAUCGUCAGCAUCUAUGACACAUUAUUUGCAGUCUUAUUUGGUGAAAUACGAAAGCGUCCAGAAAUCAUCGAGUCGAUGUUCCUGAUCCUCAGUGAUCUACUUCAACAAGAACUACGAUUGGAUAUCAAGCUCGCCAUUAUAGAACAGCUCUUGGACCGGGGAAAUGGCUUGACGGAAACCAUCAAAUUCAUUCAUAGACAUCUAAGCGAACAACUGCUUCCUACCUUCAAUGACGUUCUCUCCGUGAUCCUAGCGCAUUACGUAUGGCAGUUCGAACUCGGCACAGCAAACGACGUGUUCACAAAUCUGAAGCUCAACAUCUACGCCAUAGUACAGGCCGUGAACUGGACGGAGGUAUUACGAAGCAAUUUCAUAAUUUUCUGUCUACCAACGCACGGUACAUCGGCUUGCAAUUUGUGGCUGAUUCUGCUGGUGACCUACUUCGAAGCCGCUCGCCAUGACUGGAAUUCCGUGCAACCUACAAAGCUGGCGUUGAAUAUGAGUACAUUUUUAUCUAUUUGUUGUCUCAAGCGUUACCAGAUUCCUACAUUCCUUCAUAAGUAUGUUCUGGAAGCAAUAGCGAAACUUCACGGUAACAGUUUUCUCAAUCAACACGCAGCCAGCAUCAAAAAGCAGCUGUGUCACCUGGUUGAAAUCGAUAGCAGCCAGGACAUAUUCGGUCUGCUCCCAGUUACCAUUCCUCGUCUCAAAUGGUUCAAGCAAUGUGAUCUUCCUUGGAGAGCAGAGUUCAUUCGUAGACAACGAGUAGAAGCCCUCGAAGAACGUCUUUUUUCUCCUUCUAUCAUCAACGCAAGCCUUCUGGAUUACUUUCCGGUGGAAUUGCUCUACUCGGUUAUUUGCAGCUCAGCGGACAUCACAGCCCAAUCCAACGCUUCCAUGAUACUUUCACGUGUGGCACUACCUUCGGCCAUUUUGGAGAAAAUAGUAAGUGAAAAACUUGCCUUUGAUCGCAGAAGGAAUCGUAAGAAGUGGUACCAAUAUCUGAGGGCAAUCUAUGGUUCACUAAGUCUGCUGAACGAUGAUCAACGAGAACAGGUCACACUUUUCCUGUAUGCAAAGCUACACUCCACCACGAUUGAAACCACUCAAACCAUGCUGCUAAUCGAUUGUAUGACUCGCAUUAUCAUAACGAAAAAAUGAUACUUUGGAAAAACGAAUUUCAUCUGGAAAUAACAAUAAAACUUUGAAAGAAAAAACAUGGUAAGCUUUUAAUUUUACAUAGACCUACCAAUUUCGUUGUUAUUUUGCUCUUUUGAUACUUUUUGCAAACAAACCAAUGAUAUGUUUCGAAAUUUAGUACAUAUUUUUUUUGUACCAAUCAGUAAUUCUAUUUUUAUGGUAAAACUAGCUGUCCCGGCAAACCUUGUCUUGCCAGUUGUGGUGGUUGACAGCUGUUGAGGUCAUUACAGCACAGCACUCUAGAUUGGUUUUAUUGCGGUCAUGUUGACUUUGUACCCAGUUCACACAAAUCUCAGUAUUUUCUAAAUAUUUUUAGUUUUUUAAUUCAUUUUUUCAACUUUUUAUACAUAUAAACACAGCCACCAUGAAUACAAAUCGAACCUUGCAAGAGUCAUUCCGAUCGGUUCAGCCGUUCGUGAGUUUUGUUGCCUCAAAGGGACUCAAAAUUCAUUUUUAUAUAUAUAAGAUAAGACAAGGCUACGACAUCUGCCAGUUCCGUGUCCAAACUUGUUUGGAGUCGGCGAACGUUAUGGGUCGUUAUCGUGAAGGAUGCUCGUAGCGGAUGAGUACCUAGGUUUAACUAGAUGGGAUAAUCUUCUCUGAUCGGAGUGAAAACACUUCGACACUGAUUUUUCAUUUAGGCCUAACUGACAUUUUCGAGUUCUUUUGUGUAUUGAGUUUUCCAAAGAUUUUUUGGUUGAAAUGCGAAGAAGACGACUACAUGUUGCUACAGAAACAAAAAGAAUAAUGAUUUUGUUUGUUUUGAUCAAGUUAUUAGCGAAAGAGAGAGAGUCGACGAAGAGAAAUCGACCAAGUCAGUUAGGCCCUUAUGAAAAAUCAUUGUCGACUUGUUCGGUGCACGGUAUAAACAAUAAACAGAUUUUUUAUUGAGAGUCCUUUUUAUACUCGCAGAUUAACACUCACAUAGUUGUGCAAUGUUUAUUCAAAGUAACUCAAUGAUGGGGGGGUUCAGUUCACAUGGUCGAAACCCCACACUAGGCUGCAUCCAGGACAAAGGCACGGCGAAGGCAAUGUGGAAAGGUAUCGAGGACACUUUCGCAAAGAAGUCAGCAGGUCGGCAGACUCUAAUAUUAGGAAGUAGAUAGCAAGGUUGUACCUCAAGCACAUUUGUUGCAGUGCAAAGAUUGAAUCUGUCAGUUGCGAAUUGUCGGAUCGAAGCUUGAAGAGAGCGAUGUUUGCUCAUCUCUGGCACUAACACUUCCGGAGGAGUCCUGAGACGAGACCGGACAACUGGCUUCUUAUUGAUCUUCUUUUCUUCCAAAAUGUUUGUUGUUUAUUUACGUUUCGCUUCGAUCGUCGUUCGGGCUAGUGUUGCCAAACAUUCUAUGUUGCUUCAAGAUUAAAGUUUUUCACAUAUGAAACAUAAAUGAGAAGUGCCCAUUAAUUUUGUCAUGAAUUUAGGGGGACGGGCAAAGGGAGUUAACUUCCAUAAUUGAUUGUCCAUAGCGUGUUCGUAAAUCAAAACUAAUGAAGGAUUAGUUCUAAAUGAUAUUGGUAAACAUUAUUCUUUGAAAAAAAAAAAACCUUAGUGCUAAAGCUAGAUUUUCGUCAAAAUUGAUUUUCAAUCAAAAUAUUCACCGUUGAGAUGGUGUAACUCUGCUUCCUGGUGAAAGAUUAGGCCUACAUUUUGACAAGAAGAAACGUCUUCAGUUUUGAUUUAAGCUAAAUAUUUUU